AUGAACAAUUAAAGAAAGUUAUAUCACAUAAAGAAUCUAAACAACGUGAAUUACGAAAUGCUGUGACUGAUUGGCUUAUAACAGAUUCUCACUCUUUAAUUCAGCAAAUGGGAAAGCCGCCAUGUUAUGUAACAAUCAAAAGAGAUAUUGGUUUUGGUUACCAAGUUGCAUUUCAAGCUAUAAAGGAAAUAAUUAUUCAAACUUGUGAUACAGCUGCUAUAACUACUGAUCUUUGGAUUUUUCGUGCAAAAUCUGGAUAUAUUGGAAUUACAUGCCAUUGGCUUACAGAAAAAAUGGAAUUAUAUGAUGUAUUGAUUUGUGUUGAACAAAUCAAUUAUCCACAUACUA